AUGAAUAGUAUCUCGGAAGCUCUCUACGGAUUAGAUGAACCUGAUUAUCUAUACUUUGAUAGUGUUUUUAGGGGUAUGAGGGCUAUGAAAGAUCAAUCGACCCUAUCAAAAUUAAACUUUAACUGCAGUAACUUUGGAGAUGUAUCAAGUAAUUUUGAGGAUAAGGCACUUCCUCAAAAAUCUAAAGCAUCUGCUGAUCAAAGAGGCCAGCAGAUAGAAGCCUUGAAAUCGAAUUCAUCGGCAAAAUUCAAGAAGAUAUUCAAAAUACUAAAGCCUGAGGAAUGUGCAGAAGAUCUUCACUCAGCAGAACAAUCAAAGAAGAGUAAAAAAAAUCAAAAAGCUAAGAGGAAUACCUCCAAAGACCCAGGCUGCUCCACUACCAGUCCUGCCCCUUCAACCCGCUCUCCUCCAAGCACACCUCAAGAACUCCCCCUAGAACUCAGCCCUAAAGUAGAGACUACAGCUUCAGCUAAACAGCCUUCAUUGUACUCUGAAAGAAGGGAUGUACGCUAUAAGGCUGCUCUGAGGGUUAUUAGAAAGUUCUUCAAGAAGGCUUCUCAGACAGCUGGUCAAGUAUCUCUCUAAGAAAGUACAACACUGGCACUGGAGAAGAUAUUUAUCAAAGAACUCAUAAGAUGCUUGCUCAACUUGGCCCUAUUGAACUCAUCAAUCAGGAUCUUAUCUAUUUUACCAUUGGAAUUAGUACCAAGAAUACUUCCCAUUUGCCUUGUAGGAAAUCGGUAAGGACUCAAAUAGCUGCUUUCAAUACUUGAAGCAACGAUUUUUCUAGAAGAAGAUUCAAUAGAGUCCUGGCUUCCAAAAUCUUGAGAAUCUUAAUCCUGAAUUUUGGCAAAGAAAUUGAUCACCCUAAAGUUAAUGCAUUCAAAGAAGAGCUAACUAAAGAUGAAGGAGCUGCUCUAGGCCAAUGAACAAAGACCUUUUGCUAAGAUUCAGAGUUUUCGUAGUUAUUAUUAUGACGCAAAAAUCAAGAUCCAAGAUGGCUAUACAAGAAGAAGUACCCUCUUCCAAGAAGCUUCAUAAUUAAUUGUUUUCUAAAAUUGGUC